CCCCCCGGCGCUGACAGACACGGGCCCGCCCCCGCGUGCCAGCUGCUCUAGUCUGACCCCGCUCGGCUCCCGUCCCCGCGCAGACAUGGCGGCCACGGUGCUGGUGACGGAGCGGGGCCGCCGGUGCCUGUGGGCGCUGCAGCACCAAAAAUUGAUUUGGGGACAAAGAUGCCUGAAAUUUGCUUCAACAACAGAAAGAAGAAACAUAGAGAAGGUCCUCAUUGCAAACCGAGGAGAAAUUGCAUGCAGGGUGAUGCGGACGGCCAGAAAGAUGGGUGUGAAGUCUGUAGCAGUUUACAGUGAUGCAGACAAGAAUUCCAUGCAUGUCGCAAUGGCAGAUGAAGCAUAUUCCAUUGGCCCAGCUGCCUCUCAGCAGAGCUAUUUAGCUAUGGAAAAAAUAAUACAAGUGGCCAAAAUAUCAACAGCACAGGCUAUUCAUCCAGGGUAUGGUUUCCUCUCAGAAAACACGGAGUUUGCCGAGCUGUGCAAGCAAGAGGGAAUCAUCUUCAUAGGCCCUCCUUCAUCUGCUAUCAGAGAUAUGGGUAUUAAGAGCACCUCCAAGGCUAUAAUGUCUGCUGCUGGGGUUCCUGUCAUUGAAGGUUAUCAUGGUGAAGAUCAGUCUGAUGAAUGUCUAAAGGAACAUGCCCAGAGAAUUGGGUAUCCAGUAAUGAUUAAAGCAGUUCGUGGAGGUGGAGGAAAGGGUAUGAGAAUUGCUCAGUCAGAAAAGGAGUUUCUGGACCAACUAGAAUCAGCCAGGAGAGAAGCAAAGAAGUCUUUCAAUGAUGAUGCCGUGCUGAUAGAAAAAUUUGUAGACAAUCCAAGGCAUGUUGAAGUCCAGGUGUUUGGUGACCAGCAUGGCAAUGCAGUCUAUUUGUUUGAAAGAGAUUGCAGUGUGCAGAGAAGACAUCAGAAAAUCAUUGAAGAAGCUCCUGGGCCAGAAAUUGAGCCUGAAGUGAGAAGGAAACUUGGAGAAGCUGCUGUCAAAGCAGCUAAAGCUGUGAACUACGUGGGAGCAGGAACCGUGGAAUUUAUUAUGGACUCUCAACAUAAUUUCUACUUUAUGGAGAUGAACACCAGGCUGCAAGUGGAGCACCCAGUUACUGAGAUGAUCACAGGGACUGACUUGGUAGAGUGGCAACUUAGGGUUGCAGCAGGAGAGAAAAUUCCCCUAAUGCAGGAAGAAAUUGAACUCAGUGGCCAUGCAUUUGAAGCCAGGAUAUAUGCUGAAGAUCCUAAUAAUAACUUCAUGCCAGGGGCUGGACCCUUACUCCACUUGUCUACACCACCACCUGACAGUUUUACCAGGAUAGAAACUGGGGUCAGACAAGGUGAUGAAGUUUCUGUGCAUUAUGAUCCAAUGAUUGCGAAGUUAGUUGUUUGGGCUGAGGAUCGCCAAGCAGCAUUGAGAAAGUUGCGGUACAGCCUUCAUCAGUACAAUAUCGUAGGACUAAGCACCAAUAUUGAUUUCUUACUAAGCCUGUCAGGACACCCACAGUUUGAGGCUGGAAAUGUGCACACCAAUUUCAUUUCUCAACACCAUGAUGAACUGUUUCCAGCCAAACAGGCCACCCCAAAUGAAAUUUUGUGUCAGGCUGCUCUGGGACUCAUACUGAGAGAGAAAAUGAUAACCGAUGCUUUUAGAGUUCAGUCUGGUGAUAAAUUCUCACCGUUUGCAUCCAGCAGUGGCAGAAGAAUAAAUAUAUCCUACACCAGAAAACUGACUCUCCUAGAUGGUGAAAACAAUGUGGACAUAACUGUAGAUUACAGUCAUGACGGUUCAUAUAACAUGCAGAUAAAAGAUAAAGCUUUCCAUGUUUCUGGAGACAUUUCUAAUGAGGGAGAUUCGACUUACCUGAGAUGUACAGUAAACGGGAGUGUUUGUAAAUCUAAGCUGGUCAUUUUGGACAACGCUAUUUGCCUCUUCUCGCUGAAAGGCAGUGCACAAAUUGGGCUUCCAAUACCUAAAUACUUAUCUGGAGCGAGUGCAACAGGAACUCAAGGAGGUGCUCUAGCACCUAUGACUGGAACAAUUGAAAAGGUAUUUGUGAAAGCAGGGGACAAGGUACAAGCUGGAGACCCACUAAUGGUUAUGAUAGCUAUGAAAAUGGAGCAUACCAUAAGGGCUCCAAAGGCAGGAGUAAUAAAGAAGGUUAAUUACCAGGAAGGCUCUCAGGCCAACAGACAUGCUCCACUAGUUGAGUUAGUGGAUGAAGACAUGGAAUCAAAAUGAACUCCAAGGAAGGUGCUAUUUUUUGCUUUCUUGAUUUUAUCCAGGAAGAAGGUGUCUUUAUAUUUUGUUCAGCAUUCCAUGGACAUAGUUACAUUGCAGAUUAAAUCCACUUCCCCUAAAAAUGGGACAUUACUGAAUUGUAAUAAAAGUUAAACAGCUAAGGGUCUGAUCCUGCAAUCCUUAAUUAUUCAAUAGGAAUUUUACACUGCAUUUGCCUGAGUAAUGACUGCAGGAUCUGACCUUAAAUUGGUAUUUACAGGUGUUUUUGUAGUGAUUGGAGACCAGCUUCCAAAGUAUUGCUUCUUGCCUACUUUGUUGUUAUGAGCGGCCAUAUUUUUCCCCUUAAACUUUCCUAUAUUUCAGACUCCUUGUAAGGCAAUUUGAAAGCUGACGGGGAUAGGCAAAUUUAAAUGAGUGCAUAAUCAUAAUCAUAAUAUCAUCCUUGCUGAGGCAAAAUUCCCAUAAAUGGACUGAGUUUUGCCUGAGUAUUGAAUGCAGGAUUGGUCCCAUCACAUAUACUUUUAGCUAGGUCACUUUAUCUCUUGGUGCCUCUUGUUUAUCCAUUUGUAAAUGGAGAUAAGAGUGCUAAGUUAUGUCACUUGGGUGGGGUGUAUGAGGGAGACUGAAUUUCCAUAAUUAUUGUAAAAUACUUUGAAAAUCUCUGAUGAAAGGUGUUGUAGAAGGGGAAAGAAAUAUUAUUGCUAUAUUAAUCAAAACUGAAUCUGUUUUCAGGAUGGAUUAUUUUAUCUUGAGAGCUCAGAUUGUAAUACAAAAAGACUGUACAUGUAUUUAAUAUUAAAAUGUUUGUGCCAUAAUAAAAUAUGUAUUUUAAAAUUCA